UAUUUUCUAAAUUCCGCUGUUUGGUUAAUUUUAAGCGGAACAAAAGAAAAACCACUGAAGUAUUAGUCGUGUAUUAUCGGAGGCGGAUCCCGCGACUUCAAAAGCCGCUCAAAACGAACGGGUUUGAAAUUCUUCGCUGGAGAACGAGCCUCGUGCCAUCCCUUAUGAGAAGAUUGCGAAGAGCGAAGUCGAACAGCCAAGAGGGAGCCGAAGUCGAAUAGCAACGAAGAAAAGGAAGGAGCGAUCCGUGCUGUCUAUCUUGCUCGAGAGCGAAUGAACGAAGUCGAACGACGACAAGGAAGCCGAGAAGCGACGGUGCAAUCUAUGCACACCCUGCGAAUCAACGAAAACGAACAGCAACGACGAAAAGGAGAAGAUGAAAGGCGAACCCCAGGUCGGCUUCCUGGGUUGGAUGAGUUCGGACCAUUCAUGUCGUUUUUACCCUCGUUGGCCAUUCAUGUCGCUGGGGUUCGCUUUGCUUUGCUCUCUUCGCCGCAUCUUUUUCUAUCUAAUCUUGGAGACGAUUUCGAUCCCGGCGGCGACCUCCAUGGAGAGCUCUAACCCUGUAGUGGAGAACGGUGGCGACACAUCCUACGAGAAGCUCGAAAGCAUGGCGACGUGGGUCGUCUCGAGCAUCUCAUCCGCUUUCUUCGCCUCUCUCGAUUGCUUCUUCUGCAUCAACCUGUCCACCAGCGACCUCGAUGAAGAUAUCGAGGAAGAAGCCAAGGAUCUUCCUCUUGUUCACUCCGCACAGAACUCCUCUGAUUAUCGCAGUGACGAACCAAGCUUCGUCACCAAUUUCACUUCUGAAUGGGCCCCGACCUCUGAUUAAUUACCGGAGGGAGCUUCACUUCCCCUCCUCGUUGUAUUGAUAGCUGAAUUUAGAGAUUUCACAAUUUGACUGAAAGUAACUGUUUGUGAGAUUAUUAAUAGCUGAUUGCUAACAAGGAUUUCAGGAUUAAUGAGCAUUUGAUCAUUAAAUUUCAAUGAAAUAGCUAGAUAUUGCCAUCUGGAUUUAUAACAUCUUGACUGAAUUUAGAGAUUUCACAAUUUGACUGAAA